ACAACCAAUGCAUGCUUACUCCCUCAACAUCCGGGAUGAAACAAGAAAUAAAUAGAGCACGUCAGUCCUUGACAUCCUCACUUAUCCAAAGAACCAUCGUGAAGCCUAGGCCACAGAUAGCCACGAUGCUGAAGUUCUUCGUCCUAGUUGUCCUCCUGGGGGCGACGUUCGCCAAAGAUUCCUAUGUCGUGCUCUCCCCGACAUCCGUCAGACCGGGCAUGGAUUUUGAGGUCAGUGCCAACAUCCUCAAAGCCACCGCUAACGUCAAUGUCAAGGCCGCGCUCGUUAAGGGGACGCAAUCCAUCGCUUCUGCAAGCGGAGUUCUUGUGCAAGGUCAGCCCCAAAGUAUAACCAUCAAGGUUCCCAAAGAUCUCAAAAGCGGAAGCUACAAGCUGAAGGUGACAGGAAGUGGUGGUUUGACCUUCAGUAACGAGACAACGCUGACCUACAACCACAAGAGCAUGUCCAUCUUCAUCCAGACGGACAAGGCCAUGUACAAGCCUGGUCAAACAGUCCAUUUCCGGGCCUUUGCCAUGUUCCCCGACAUGAAACUGUACACCGGCGACAUGAACAUCGACAUCUUCGAUCCCAACUCAAACAAAAUCAAGCAGUGGGUGGCAGUGAAGGACGCUAGCGGCGUCAACACAAACUACCUCCCCACCUCCAGCCAACCUGUACUCGGUGACUGGAAGAUCAAGGUCACAGCCGGUGCUGUGACAGAAGAGAAGGUGUUCACCAUCGCUGAAUAUGUUUUGCCCAAAUUCGAGGUAACAGUAGAGCUACCAAGCUAUGGACUUGUGUCUGACGACCACAUCACUGCCACAGUCAAAGCCAAGUACACCUAUGGCAAGCCGGUAAAGGGAACGAUCAACUUGGAGGCCAAGUUGGAGCGAUACUACCGGCCCUGGAACUACCACGGAGCGGAGCCCAUGAUCACGAAGACAAUGGCUAUUGAUGGCGAGAGCAAGGUGACGCUAUCCCUUGCUGACAUGAAGAAGGUGUUCCCUAAUGGCCUGAAUAACCAAAAGAUCGAGGUGACCGCCAAUGUGACGGAGGGCUUGACUGGUAUAACACUGAAUGGAUCCAGCACGGUCAAGAUCUACCAGUACGCAACCAAACUGUCCUUCGCCCCGUCGGACCCCAAGACUUUCAAGCCGGGUCUCAAAUACAUCGCCUAUCUGCAAGUCCAGCAACAAGACGGUCGCCCAGUCCAGACAAGCACCCAGCGGGUGACCGUGAGCACAAGAGUGACCAGUCAGAUCAAACAGACGACCACUCCCGCCUUCUACUACCCCAGAACGACUUCCUACACCAUCCCGGACCAAACUUUCUCAGUCCCAGACACAGGGCUUGUGCCCAUUGAAGUCCACAUCCCCGCCAAUGCUAGCAGCGUCAGUCUUACAGUAAAGUAUGGCAAGGUUUCCUCCAGCAAGUCCAUCGAGAAGAGCUACUCACCGAGUGACAACUACAUCCAGCUGCUCCUGAAAUCGCAACAACUUUCAGCCGGAAGCAAUGUGAAUUUCGACGUCAAGGUUACCGAAUCCAUCAGUGAGCUGUUCUACCAGGUAAUGUCUCGUGGUUCCAUCGUGGCCACUGGCUACAUCGACAAAGCAAACCUCGCAUCAUUUUCCAUCCCGGUUACAUCCAAGAUGGCGCCUAAUGCCCGGAUCAUUGUGUAUUACGUCAGGAAAGAUGGAGAGAUUGUCACCGACAGCGUCAGCUUCGAUGUGGAUGGCGCGUUUGAGAACAAGGUGUCUAUCUCUAUGGACAAGACAACUGCCCAGCCUGGUGACAGUGUCAAUGUACAGGUCACCGCUGACCCCCAGUCCCUGGUCAACCUCCUGGCCGUAGACCAGAGCGUCCUCCUCCUCAAGUCCGGAAAUGACAUCACGCAGUCUGAGGUUAUCAGUGAACUGAAGUCAUACGACACUAUCAAGAGUGUAGGUGGAGGAGGAUUUGGAGGCCCCAUUCCUCUGGGUGCUGUUGCUCGCCGGAAGAGGAUGGUCCUACCCUGGGGAGGCUGGUGGGGAUUCCCCACCUACUAUGGCGGAAGUGACGCCAACCAGAUCUUCCAGAACUCCGGGGUGGCUGUGAUGACUGAUGCUCUUGUGUACAAAUACGUCAAGCCCUACUUUCCAGUGAUGCGCCCUAUGUUUAUGGCGAGAAGACAAUUUGCACCUAUGGCCAUGUCUGCUGAGUUAUCACCUGUUAUAAUGGCCAAGAGCUCUACAAUCAGCAGAUCAGCACCAAAAUUAGCAGAAGUUGAGAGAACAAGAGUUAACUUUCCAGAGACCUGGAUGUGGACCAAUACCACUAUUGGUACCGAUGGCAAAGCUGUCAUCUCAACAACAGUGCCAGACACCAUCACGUCUUGGGUGGCUAGCGCCUUCGCCGUCAACGCUCAGAGUGGCCUUGGAAUUGCACCAACCUCAGCUAAGAUCCGAGUGUUCCGCCCCUUCUUCGUGAGCCUCAACCUGCCCUACUCCGUGACGCGAGGGGAACAGCUGGCUCUCCAGGCCAUCGUCUUCAACUACCUCACCCAGGACGUCGACGCUGUUGUGUCCAUCCCUCAAUCCAAGGACUACCUGAAUGUUGUUAUUGAUGCUAACGGUCGGGAACAAACAGAAUCCAAGGACCAAACGCAGACUGUUUAUGUGAAGGCAGGUGGCGCCACCUCUGUAUAUUUCCCCAUUGUCCCCGCCACACUGGGUAAGAUCGACCUGACCGUCUCCGCUCGAUCCACCCUCGCUGCUGACGCCGUCAAGAGACAGCUUCUGGUCGAGCCCGAAGGAACCCCCAAAGAGUACAAUGUUCCUGUCCUGAUUGACCUGAAGCAGGCCACCAGUUUCUCCAAGAAUGUCCCCAUCACUCUGCCACAGAACGUCGUCUCUGGAUCACAGACCGCUAGAAUCACCGCCAUUGGUGACCUGAUGGGCCCAACUGUAAGUGGUCUAGACAGUCUUCUGCGCAUGCCUACCGGAUGUGGUGAGCAGACGAUGCUGGGGUUGGCACCGGAUGUGUUUGUAACCAACUAUCUGACAGCAACCAAACAGCUGACAGGAGACAUAGAAGACAAGGCAAUCAAGUACAUGGAAUCUGGAUACCAGAGAGAGCUGACCUACCAGCACAAGGAUGGCUCCUUCAGUGCGUUUGGUGACCGUGACCCAUCUGGCAGCAUGUGGUUGACAGCGUUCGUUAUAAAGACGUUCCAUCAGGCUAAACCAUACACCUUCAUCGACGACGAUGUCCUCACACGAGCUGUCGACUGGAUGGUAGCGAGACAGAAGGCUGAUGGUUCUUUCCCUGAACCAGGCCGGGUCAUCCACAAGGACAUGACCGGAGGUUCUAACAAAGGUGCUUCAUUGACGGCAUAUGUUCUUAUCGCCCUUCUCGAGAACAACGACCUCGUUGGGAAUGUCCAACAGCGGAUACGCACAGCCACGACCAAGGCUCUUCAGUUCCUUGAGAAUGAGACUCCAGCAGAUGACUACUCACUGGCCAUCAUCACCUAUGCCCUACAGCUUGCCGGCAGCACCAAGACCGACACUUCCUUUGCUACACUAAACUCUCAUGCUAUUGUUAAAGAUGGAUUCAAGUACUGGCACCGUCCUGAGGUCAAGACAACACAGUCCACCACCAAAUACUGGAGACCACCAUCAACCAAGAAGGCCAUCGACAUCGAGAUGACGGCAUACGCUCUGCUGAUCUUCGGCGAGAAAAACGAUUUCAGCGGCGGUCUUAACAUCAUGAAGUGGUUGGCGUCACAGCGUAAUCCCCACGGCGGAUUUUCCUCCACCCAAGACACGGUGUUGGCCUUGCAGGCUCUGUCUGAGUUCGCCAAGAUGGCGUACUCCAACAACUUCGACAUCCAGGUGACAGUGAGCAGUGGCAGCUUCAGACACCAAUUCUCCGUCAACCAGAACAACGCGCUCGUGCUCCAGAGUGUCGAGCUUCCAUCCAUCCCGAGCAGCGUCAAUGUACAGGCUACAGGGUCCGGCAUCGCUCUUGUUGAGGUCGCCGUGUUUUUCAACGUUGAGGCUGAGGUGGAGGAGCCAACGUUUGAUGUGACCGUCACGCUUCUGAGUGAGGACAUCAACUCCAUCACCGUCCAGACCUGCACCAGAUGGUUGUCGACCGGCGCAAGUGGCAUGGCAAUUCAGGAACUCGGAGUUCCCUCCGGCUUUGAUGCCGACCUUGAAACACUCACCAAACUGAAGACCCUCAAGAGGGUCGAGACUCCCAACAAAAAGGUGGUUCUGUAUUUUGAUGAGAUCGGGACCACCCCAGUGUGUCUGUCCGUCACCCUCCAGAGAACAGGUCUUGUAGCCAAGUCACAGCCCGUUCCUGUCAGAGUCUACGACUACUAUGAGCCAACCAAUCAAGUGACAGCGUUCUACCAGUCCAAGCUUCUGAAGAAUUCCAACAUCUGUAGCGUGUGUGUGGAGUGUGAAAACUGCGUGGCCAAGGCCGGGAGAUGAACACACUCACUGAGAGAAUCACCACACAGAGAAGAUCACAUCACAUUCGGAGACAUCAAGAAGGAAGAAUGUGUUCUACACAUUUCAUGUUGCGCGUUUAUGUAAUAAAAUGUCCAUUAUAAACAUA